AUGUCUUUGGUGACGGAUGAGAUCCGAGCGGCGGCGUCGGAGAGGUACGAGGGCGACGAAAUAUGCCGGGAGAAGUCGAGGCAGCUGCUGACGGAGAUGAACCUCCCCAACGGCCUUCUGCCGCUCAAGGACAUGUCGGAGUGCGGCUACGUCAAGGACACCGGCUUCGUCUGGCUCCGGCAGAAGGCCAGCAGCGAGCACCGGUUCGAGAAGAUCGGCCGGCCCGUGCGGUACGCGGCCGAGGUGACCGCCUACGUGGAGCCCAACCGCAUCCGGAAGCUCACCGGUGUCAAGACCAAGGAGCUCCUCUUAUGGGUCAACCUCUCCGAGAUCUCCGUCGACGACCCACCCACCGGAAAAAUCACCUUCAAGACCCCCGCCGGCCUCAGCCGCUCCUUCCCCGUUGAGGCUUUUCAGAUCGAUGAAGAGCCCCCGAGGGUUGAGAAGGCGGAUAAGGCUGAGGCCGCCAGGCAGCGGGAAAAUGAGGCCAGGGCCGAUGGGCCGGCGGUGGAAGUGAAGGAGGUGUAG